CAAACUGGCUACAGUGUCUUGGCAGCUAUAAUGGGGGUUUUCUCAGUGUCAGGGGUCAUCCUUAAUGUUUGGGUGAUUGUUGUGACAGUGAAACACAGACAGUUGAGACAACCCUUGAGCUAUGCUCUAGUUAAUCUGGCCAUUUGUGACCUGGGCUGUGCCGUUUUGGGAGGAAUACCCACAACUAUAAUGACUGCUAUGGGACACUUCAGCUUGGGACGGGCUGGAUGUAUCAUAGAGGGCUUUGCUGUGGCUUUCUUUGGAAUAGCAAGUUUAUGCACUGUAGCAGUGAUUUCCAUUGAGCGUUAUGUCGUGGUAUGCUACCCUUUGGGAUCAGUGCUGUUCCAAGCCAGACAUGCAGUUGCCGGAGUGGUGCUGUCCUGGGUUUGGUCUUUCAUCUGGAACACUCCUCCUCUCUUCGGAUGGGGCAAUUAUGAAUUGGAGGGUAUCAGGACCUCUUGCGCCCCCAACUGGUACAGUCGGGACGUGGGUAACAUGUCCUAUAUCAUCAUGUAUUUCUUUCUCUGCUUUGCCCUGCCCUUCUCUGUCAUCAUGGUGUCCUAUUCACGGCUGCUGUGGACUCUGCGACAGGUGACUAAGCUCCAGGUGUCGGAGGGGGGCAGUACUCAUCGUGUGGAGGUGCAGGUGGCCCGGAUGGUGGUGGUCAUGGUGCUGUUCUUCUUGGUGACGUGGCUGCCGUACGCCUCUAUGGCCCUGUCCGUCAUCCUGGUCCCCUCUCUCUACAUCGACCCCGUUAUAGCCGCUAUACCUGUGUUCCUGGCCAAGAGCAGCACAGUCUACAACCCCAUCAUCUACGUCUUCAUGAACAGACAGUUUCGAAACUAUGCUGUCCCUGCUAUUCUGUGUGGAUGGAACCCCUGGGCCUCAGAGGGACAGCUGUCAGAGGGAGAGACGACAGCAACCUCCAUCAGCAAGAACCAGAGAGUGUCACCCAAAGAAUCGCUAAAGGAAUGA